AUGGAGCAGUCACCGACGAAUAAGGUCCAUCUGGAGAAGGCACAGAACUUCAUGCGCCAGUACCGGGAUCCGGAGUCGCGCGAGCUGAAGAAGCUGUCCGCCAAUCAGUUCAUGGACGUCUGGAGUCACUACGAUCGAGAUGGAAACGGUUACAUCGAAGGAACCGAACUGGACGGUUUCUUGAAGGAGUUCGUCUCCAGCGCAAACGCCACCGACAUAAGCCCGGAGCAAAAAGCGUCGCUCACCGAUGAGAUGCUGGUCGAGCUGAAGUCGUGCUUCAUGGAGGCGUACGACGAUAAUCAGGAUGGCAAGAUCGACAUUCGGGAGCUCGCGCAACUGUUGCCGAUGGAGGAAAACUUUUUGCUGCUCUUCCGGUUCGAUAAUCCACUCGAGUCGAGUGUGGAAUUUAUGAAGAUUUGGCGCGAGUACGACUCCGACAACAGUGGCUACAUCGAGGCGGACGAGCUGAAGAACUUCCUGCGGGACCUGCUGAAGGAAGCGAAGAAGAUAAACGACGUGUCGGAGGACAAAUUGAUCGAAUACACCGAUACAAUGCUGCGAGUGUUCGAUGCAAACAAAGACGGCAGACUGCAGCUCUCCGAGAUGGCAAAACUGCUCCCAGUGAAGGAAAACUUCCUCUGCCGGCAGGUGUUUAAGGAAGGGAAAAUAGAUGAAGAAGGUGCCGCCAAACUAACGAAAGAGGACAUCGAAAAGGUCUUCUCACUCUACGACAGAGACAAUAAUGGUUCGAUCGAGAACGAAGAACUGAGAGGUUUCCUGAAGGAUCUGCUGGAGCUCGUGAAAAAGGACUACGACGCCCAGGACCUGAUCGAGUUCGAGGAGACGAUCCUGCGCGGCGUCGGGUACGACAAGGACGGCAAGAUCUCGCGCAAGGAGCUCACGAUGAUCCUGCUGGCGCUCGCCAAGCUGCCGCCGGAUGACGACCAGUAAUUAAUGGCGUCGGCGGUCUGCAUCGAGCCUACUAGUAGCAGCCAGCCCUGUAGCAGUAGCGGUAGCAGCAGCCAGGACCCGAUCACCAAGGACCUCUUUCCGCCCAUUGCGAGCGUGCAGGACGGCAUCCGGGAUCUGUAUCGAAAGUUUCGGCGAAAGAUUCACAAGAAAGACUAGAAGCUUUUCCUUAGAAGCGACGC